AGAAAAAUAUUUUGGUUCUUCUUCUUCUUGUAUAAUUAAAACAAUGACUAGCAUAAAGCUUAAACUUGCAAAUACUUUUGCUACUUUAUUAUUGAUUACCACUCAGGGAUUUGUAUGUUUUAACUGGUUCCUGAAACAUUCUUAUGAAAUUGGUCCUAAAGACUUUAAUAUUGUCUUGAUAAGCAUUUUGCAAUUAUUAUUAAUUGGAUUUACGAUUUAUCAAUAUUUACCAAGCUCACCUAAGGAUGUAUAUGAGGCUAUUGGAUAUUGGUAUCUUUUAGUUGCUAUCAUGAAUAGCUCUAUUGCAUAUUUAUGGUUUUUUAAUAUGAAUCUAUUCGCCUUUAUUGGGCUACUUUGGCAAUUAGCUGCACUCUUGGUUAUAUACCAUCGACUUGAUAAAUAUCCCCUAGAAAUAAUAAUUCAUAUUCUUAUAAUUGUUAUUAUUGGCUUUAUCUCUCUUCAUUUGAUCGAUUACUCGCAUAGAAAAGAUUGGAUACACGCUUUAGCAACUGCAUGGCUUCUUCUAGGUGCAUCUAUUUUUUCGACAGAUAAUGAUACUAUACAUACUAUUUUGUUAAUUACUGUUGGUAUUCUUUCAAGUUCAGUAGCUCGUACCUUGAUUCCAAAUUGGUUAGAAAAACUAAAUAGACGAUUUAGUUCUUGGACACGUCGCUUGAGUGAAAGAACACCCUUAUUAGGAUAGUUUUUUUUUUUUUGAAACUCCUAUUAAGAGAAAUUCCUAGACUGCUGCUGAAAUAAUUAUACUACAUCAUGACCUUUUUUUUGUUAUUAUUUAU